GUGCGGGCUACGUAGCGGUAGGGGAAGUAGCCCCGGCGGUGGCUGGGCUCGGCUGCCGGGCGAAGGUGGCGGUAGUCCCGGGCCCAGGGCGAGGCGGCACGGGCCGGCCUUCAGGUGAGGCCUGCUCUGUGUGAUCGGGGUGUCAUUCGUCCUGACGGCCGUUUCCACGGACAGCGGCGUCUCGGCGGCCAGCAGUUGGAGCCUUCGGCUGGCAGUAACACCAAAGACGCGCCUUGACGUUGGAAUCGCAGAAAUAGAGCCUUUUUUUAAUUCUAAGCAGGUCUGGAGUUUUGCACAGGAGACAGGAAGAUGUUACCAAGUACUUCAGUGAGUUCUUCGAUGCAGGGGAAUGGAGUCUUGAAUUCCAGGGAUGCCGCGAGACACACGGCUGGAGCAAAGCGCUACAAGUACCUCAGAAGGCUGUUCCGAUUUCGGCAGAUGGACUUUGAGUUUGCCGCAUGGCAGAUGCUCUACCUGUUCACAUCCCCACAGAGGGUUUAUAGGAACUUCCAUUAUCGGAAGCAAACAAAGGAUCAGUGGGCCAGAGAUGACCCUGCUUUCUUGGUCCUCUUAAGUGUCUGGCUCUGUGUGUCCACCAUAGGAUUUGGCUUUGUGCUGGACAUGGGAUUUUUUGAGACAAUAAAGCUGCUCCUUUGGGUUGUAUUCAUAGAUUGUGUAGGUGUUGGCCUUCUGAUAUCAACUUUGAUGUGGUUCAUCUCCAACAAGUAUCUAGUGAAGCGGCAGAGCAGAGACUACGACGUGGAGUGGGGGUACGCCUUUGAUGUGCACCUGAAUGCAUUUUAUCCACUCCUGGUCAUUCUGCAUUUUAUCCAGCUCUUUUUCAUCAACCAUGUUAUCCUUACAGAUACAUUUAUUGGAUACUUAGUUGGAAAUACUUUAUGGUUGAUUGCUGUUGGCUAUUAUAUCUAUGUGACCUUCCUGGGAUACAGUGCACUGCCGUUUUUGAAAAAGACAGUGAUCCUGCUCUAUCCAUUUGCACCUCUCGUUGUGCUGUAUGGACUGUCGCUGGCACUGGGGUGGAACUUUACCCACAUGCUGUGUUCCUUCUACAAAUACAGAGUGAAAUGAAGGGGACGACAGCAUUGCAGCUGAACUGUCUGGUGUUGGAGAAGGGAUCUGUUCUUGUAAAGUCUGUAAAUUAUCUUUGUAGAUAUCUUAAAGAUGUAAAGUUUACAAAUCUGAGGUGAUACUAACACUAUUGUCCAGACCAUUCCUGAAAACUAAUUAAAUGUACAUUUCUAAUAUUUUUAAACUAAA